AUGGAGAGAGAUAUCUAUGGUGAACUUAUGGAUACAUGUCAUGAUUAUAAUGGUGUUAUAAACAAAAUAUACAAUUUAAAUACAUUCGAUUUCAAAGAAAUCAAUAUAAUUUAUGAUGAAAUAAGAGCAAAUUUCAUUGAAGCAAAUAAAUUUUUGCCAAAUCAGAUAUUUGACAUACUCGAAAACGCAUCAUUAUACAAUAAUCGAUAUUUACCAUCUUAUUGGUCCAUAAUAAAGAAAGUUUAUCAAGAAUUUAAUAUCGAUCGUACAAAAGAAAAAUCAUCAAUUUUUGAUUACUUUUUUUAUAAAGAUCUUGGUGUAGUUUUCAAUCAAAACGAUAUAAAGAAGUUCAAGUGUUAUGAUUCGAGAAAGAUCUCAUUAGAAAUAUAUGAAGAAAAUACAAUGGGCAGAGCGAUCAUGAAUGAUGACAAGCAAUCAUUUGUUUCAUUCACAGAAAGAGAUGGAUUCGAUAUUAUGCAGAGGAUGAUAAAUGAUUUUUAUCCAUUUUCAUCAAAAGGAUACUCGUUACUUGAAUUAUGCUGCUAUCAUGGAUCUGUAAAGUGUUUCAAGUUUUUGAGAGAACAAUUUCAACCAGAAAUAACUAAAAAAUGUCUCAAAUUAUCAUUUUUGAGUGGCGUUCCAGAUUUAAUGAAUGAAUGCUUAAGAUAUCAAGUUCCAACUCAAAAAUGCAUGAAAUAUGCAAUAAUUUCACAUAACAUCGAUUUUGUCUCUUUCUUAAUACGAGAAUACAACUUACAAAUAGAUUUAAGAGAAUGUUGUGAAUACAACAAUCUUCACGCAUUUUUAAUUUAUCUUGAUCAAACGAAAGAUAUUAAUAAAUGUUUCCCUUAUGCAGCCAUGUUUAAUUCACAAUGUUUAAUGGAGCAUCUACUUUCUCAUGGUGCGAAGAUCAAUUCCAAAACAGAAGAAAGAGAUAGUGCUCUCCAUCUUUCAGUAAAAAGCAAUCAUUCACAAAUGGUCGAAUUCUUAUUAUCUCAUGGGAUCAAUGUUAAUAAAGAAAAUAUAAAUGGAGACACAUCACUUCAUUUAGCCUCAAAAUGUAAAAACAUUCAAACUGUCAAAACAUUGAUAGCUCAUGGUUCCAAAAUAAAUUCUAAAAAUAAAAACAAAGAAACACCAUUACAUUUAGCGACCUUGAAUAACAACAUUGAAAUUGUGAAUUUUCUUAUUGAUAAUGGCGCAAAUGUCAAUUUAAUGACAAAUGAAAGCCAAACUGUCCUCCAUAAUGCUGCGAUGAAUAAUAAUAUCGAAUUUGUAGAAAAUUUCAUAGAACUCGGUGCCAAUGUAAAUGCACAAAAUGAUCAGAAAGUUACUGCUCUGCAUUAUGCAGCAAUCAAUAAUAAUGUAACAAUUGCAGAACUUCUAAUUAUGCAUGGUGCGGAUAUCAAUUUAUAUGAUAAAAAUCACGAAUCAGCACUUCAUUAUGCAGUUUUUAACAAUAGCAAAGAAGUGGUAGAACUUCUUUUCUCAUAUAAUUUAGACAUUCAGAAUAAAAGCGAAACAAAUUCAUACAUUCAGCAGGAAAUAGAUAUUAAUUCUAGAAAUUUAAACUAUGGUUGUUGUCCUCUUCAUCUAGCCGCAUGGAUGAAUAAUAAGGAGAUUGCCGAAAUACUAUUAUCUCAAGGUGCAAAUAUAAAUGCAAGGACUAUAGAUGGCAAAAUACCUCUUCAUUUUGCAGCAUUACAUCAAUUUAAUGACACUGCCGAAUUUCUGAUAAUGCAUGGUGCAGAUAUCAAUGCAAAAGAUAAAAGUGGACGAACACCGCUUCAUUAUGCGAUAUUAUUACAAAAUUUUGAAACAGCGAAGCUUUUAAUAUCACCUGGAGCAGAUAUAAAUAUAUCAGAUAAUGAUAAAGUUACACCACAUUAUAUUGCAUUUGUAAAUAAUUAUACAGAAUUUGUUAAAUAUCUAGAUGAACAUGGAGUAAACUUAAAUUGCAAAAGUCUGUGUGGAAGAACUGCAAUUCAUCGUGCAACUAUAAACAACAACAAUGAAUUUAUAAAUAUCAUUAUCUCAAAUGGAGGUGAUAUAAAUGCUUAUGAUGAAAGUGGAAAAACUGCUUUAAUAUAUGCAUGCAUAUAUGAUAAUAUCGAGAUUGCAAAGUUCCUAAUCUUAUCUGGGGCUACAAUUAAUAACUCCGAUGAUGAGAAAAAAACUGCCCUUUAUUAUGCAAUUAUUAAUAAGAAUAUACAAAUGAUUAAUCUUCUUCUCUCACAUAAUGCAAAUUUCAAUAUACCACUUUAUCUAGGAAAAACAUAUCUUCAACUUGCUGUUGAACAAAAUAACCUUGAAAUUAUUGAACUUUUACUUUCAAAUGGAGUUAAUAUCAAUGAAAAAGAUGAAAAGGGAAGGACAGCACUUUUUUAUGCAGCAACUCUAGGAAAUGAUUCGGUAAUAGGAUAUCUUUACUCACAUGGAGCUUUUAUUAACGAGCAAGAUUUAACAUCCUCUACAGCUCUUCAUGCUGCUGCAAGUAAUGAUUCAGUAACUCCAGCAAGAUUUUUGAUAUUAAAUGGAAUUGAAAUCAAUGCUCAAAAUUUUGAUGGCAAUACUGCACUUCAUAUUUCUUCAAAUAAAAAUUUUACCGCAAUGGCUGAACUUCUUCUUUUAAAUGGUGUAAAUGUAAAUUUGAGAAAUAAUGAAGGAUGCUCAGCACUACAUUAUGCAGUGUUAAAUAACUCUCAAGAGAUGGUUCAGCUGCUUCUUUCACAUGGUGCAGACAUCAAUUUAAGAGAUAAUCUAGAAAGAACCCCUCUCCAUUAUAUUUCUUUCCGAGAUAAGAAUGUAUCACAAAUGAUUACACUACUUCUCUCACAUAGUGCAGAUAUUAAUGCAAGAGAUGAUCAAGGAAAAGCCAUUAUUCAUUAUGCUGCUCAGUUAGGUUAUUUAGAUGUGGUUGAAUGUCUCAUUUCACAGGGUGCAGAUGUCAAUAUUGUAGAUUAUGAAGGAAAAACAUCUCUUCAUAUUUUAGCUAAUUAUAAUGCUAAAAAUUGCUGUAAAUUCCUUAUUUCUCAUAGAGCUGAUAUCAAAGCUAAAACUUAUGAUGGAAAAACAGCUCUUCAUUUUGCAGUUGGAAAAUUCUAUUAUGACGAUUCAACAGAAAAACUGCUGAUUUUUCAAGGUGCAGAUAUCAAUGAAAAAGAUUUUCAUGGAAUAACACCUAGAUAUUUAACACGACAUAGAAGGUCCGAUUGUUUUUGUAAUGUAUUAAUGUGGAGUUUAUGUAUUCUAAUAAUUGUAGGAUUUAUUGCUUUUAUUUUCUGGUUAUGUUAUAAGAAAUGA